AUGUUCAAACGCUCCAAGGGGACCACCAACGCUGGCCAAGUCCACGCCCACUAUCCGCUCGACUCGCCUCCCGAUCAGCGGUGGAACCCGCUGUACAACGUGCCUCGCAACUCGCUCGAACACGCGUCCCCUCGGCCGUCCACGUCACCGUCCACGGACGAGGUCGACUCCUCGUCGUCCCCAAAGCUUCCAACGCAGGCGGCGGAGACGCAGACGCCGCCCGGCAAGAAGACGGCCCAUGUCGCCGACAAGAAGACGGCCCACGUCGCCUUCCAGGAGGCGGCCGAGCCAGGCCUCUCCAGCCUGUCCCACUGGCUCGAGACGCUCGCGGAGCUGUACAUGAACAAGCUCGACAACCGCGCUCGGUGGGACCCCCGAUGGCUGAGCGUGACGCACCGUGAGCGGUACGAGGGUCUCGCGUCCGUCUCCAUCUCCGUCCUGGACUACGUCGAGGGCGGGUCGACGCCGACGAGGGCCGACGUCGACGACAAGCGGGCGCUGGCGACGGCGCUCCAGUCACGGCCGGACGGCGUCGAGCUCCGGCUCGUCCUCGUCUCGGACCUCAGCCGGUUCGUCAUGGGCGCCCUCGGCCAGGUCUACGACAUCGACGCCGAGUUCUGGUUCGAGCACCUCGCCAACGGCGGAUACGCCGCCAGCGACAGCCAGCUCAAGGUCUCCAACGCCGUCUGGAUGAACUGGGCCGAGCAGGAGACGCGCUUCCGCCAUCGAGCCGUGCCCGGCACCGGCCAGCGGACCGAGUGGAACGUUCCGCGGCGGAUCCGAGGCCGCUGCUGGGCCCAUCUGCGGUGGCCGCGCCUCGGCCUCCUCCACUACCUCGGCAGGAAGGGCUUCCACGAGGACGAGAUCGAGAGGCGGCUCGACGACGGCCGGUGGAUGGUCGAGCGGGACGUCGUCCUCGACAAGCACGGCCUGCUCAUGACCAAGAAGCGGCUCGCGAGGGCCAAGCGGUCCGAGGAGAAGCGGAGGAGCAAGGGGGCUCAGACGGCGGCCGAGGAGACGACGGCUCGGGUCAAGGCGACCAACGUCUACCGCGCCUACAGCACCUUCGAGGGCCUGCCGAAGAACGUGACGGCCUGGUUCAACCGGGACCUGCGCGUGCUCGCACCCGAGGGGGCGAGCUACUGGUCCGGACGGGACGCCGAGGGAAGGAGGACCGUCGUCCUGCUUCUCGACCCCGCCCGGAGCAUGAGGCAUGGCGCGACGGACGAGCGGACGCCGUCGCUCACCUUUAUGCCUCGCGCCAUGGAGAUCGAGUCCUACUCGGACGAGGAGCUCUGGCGAGGCGCCGGCCCCGAGGAGACGUACCUUGACCCGCCGCCGCCGGCCGUGUCCAAGGCGGAGCUCAAGAGGCAGAAGAAGGAGGCCAUCAAGCGGCGGAUCCGAGACAGGAAAUCCAGGGCGGCCGGCGGCCACGACGCGUCAGGCCGCGAGGAGUCGGCCGUCGACGACGACGGCUUGACGUCCGAGUACACGAGCGACGACGAGUACGACGAAGAGUACGAGCGGGAGCUUCGGGCCGAGUACAGGAACCCCAAGGCGCACGCGCGCGACCGUGACUUUGCGCGAAAGUACUCGCUCACGACGCACGAGCUCGUCGUCCGCCACGUGAGCACCCUGGCCACGUCGGAGCUCGCCGGCGGCGACGAGGCCGUCGCCGCCGUGCUCGGCCGCCUCGUCCUCGACGACUUCUGGCAGCUGCUCGCCGAGAUGCGGCUCGAGCUCGACCACCUCGACAACGACCUCAGCGCCGGCCUGCACGAGCAGCUCGUCGAGUCCAUCGGCAACUCGACGCGCCAGAACCUCGCGUGGAUGCGGGCGGCGCUGCAGGAGCUGCGCGACUGGCUCGGCCACCUCUCGUCCUCGUCGGCGCCCACGCUCGGCUGGGGCCCGGACCUCGGCGCCGAGCUGGCCUCGCUCGGCGCCGAGCUGGCCUCGCUCGGCGCCGACCUCGACGCCGUCCGGGCGCGCGCCGAGCAGACGCUCGCCCUGCUCACCACGUCCAUGGCCCUGGCGCAGUCGUCGCUCGUCAUCGACCAGACGUCGGGCAUCAACAAGCUGACGGAGCUCGCCUUCGUCUUCAUCCCCAUCUCCUUCAUCACCUCCGUCUUCUCCAUGCAGGUGAGGGAGCUGACGUCGGCGCCGCCGCCCAUGUGGACCUGGGGCGUCGCCCUCGCCGCCGUCGCCGUGACGACGUACCUCGUCCGAUGCUCGCUGCGGUCGCCGUCGGUCCGCAUCGCCGUCCUGCACUGCCGCGCCACCAUCAUCAACCGCUUCUCGUCGUCCAAGGCCGGCUCGGCCUCGCGCCGGCUCAACACGGUCGGCAACCGCGCCAUCGCCAAGUUUCUCUUCUUCUUCGCCUGCGUCGUCGCCAUCAUCGGCGCCCUCGUCCUGCUGAUGCUGCUGCUCUUCCUCGUCGUCUUCGGCGGUCUCUGGCUCGGCGCCGCCGGCACGGCCCUCUACUUCAUCGUCAGCCGCUGGCCGGAGCCCGCCGUGGUCGUGCCCUGCUUCCUCAGCCUGCCGCUCGCCGGCCUCGGCAUGUGCACGACCUGGUACUGGUCCGACGAGAUUGGCGACUGGGGGGAGCGCGUCAUCGUGCUCUCGGGCGGCUGGAUCCAUCGCAUCUUUCCCGAGCGCUGGACGCUCGAGGCGGCCGACGACGAGGACCUGGCCAAGGAGGGCGUGAAUACUUACGCGAGACAGGCGCUCAUCCUGGCGACCUAA